AUGGCGCGAGGCUCUAGGUUUCUACCACUGAAGACUGUCAAAGAUUCGAAUCAAGUCAUUAAACUGCGACAAUCAUGGAGCAAAUACAACCUGUAUAAUUUCAGCCGAGUAGCCCCUUCCGAUUACCGAAACAACAACCUCUUCCAGACUAAAUGGAAGACGAAGUCCCUGUCGAGAAAUUACCAUGGCUACCAGGUGCGGGAGAAAGUAUGGCAGCGCAUGUUCGACCGACGGUUGCGCUCUGUUGUUCCCAUGAACCCAGAGUACCUCGCGGCCAACGAUGGGACGAUUGAAUCUGCUGGUCGUGGUUCAGGUCUUGCCUCAGAAGGUCGAGCAAAGAAAAAGUUCCCUAUACCUUACAUGCAAAUGACAUAUGCCCCCCUGGAGCGGAGGCUGGACACGGCUAUUUUUCGAUCAAUGUUCGCCAGCAGUAUCCGGCAGGCGAGACAGUUCGUGAUUCAUGGUUCCGUCAGGGUCAAUGGUCAGCGGAUGAAAUAUCCAGGGUAUCUGCUCAAUCCCGGUGAUAUGUUCCAGGUCGUACCAGAUCGAGUCAUGUAUGCGGCAGGCCAACCGAAGGUCAACCUUGCUGUGCGAAAAGCUCAAGCGCAGGUGGAUGCUGAGAAUGCAGAGGCAGAGGCCGCACAAGCUGAGGAAGAGCAAGCUAUUGUCGAACCCGAACCCGAAGAGGACGUCGACGAUGACCGAGACCCACGAGACAUAUUGAAGGAGUUGCAGUCACAAGCCAAGAGCAUCCUCGCCUCGCCGAGGGAGAACAUCGGAGCCAAGAGAAAGCAAGACCUGCGAGCUUUCACCAAAUCCAUCCGACGAUUAUUAUCCAGAGGAAAGUCCGCCACGAUUAAAACGGAAAGCAUAGAAGCACAAUUCGCCGAGAUUCAAGAACAGCUCAAGAUCCGACGAGAAAACAAAGCCGCCGACACCGCAACCACCAAGGACGGCGAAACCACCGACCCAACCAAACCCAAAGAAACACCCUCACUCUCACCCACAUCAACAGACAACAUCCUCUCCGACACCGACUAUAACCAACUCUUCGCCGCGCUACAAUCGAUGCAAGAGAACCCCGUGGACGAAUCGAAGCCGUACGCGACCCCCUGGAUGCCGCGCGACUACAUGAGCGCCUUUGCGUUCAUCCCGCGUUACCUCGAGGUCAACCACAACAUCUGCGCCGCCGUGUAUCUCCGGCAUCCCGUGGCGAGACCGGGAUUGGCCGAGGUGCCGACUCCGUUCAACGAGUAUGUGAACAGUACGGCUUAUGCGUGGUAUUUGCGAAGGAGAUGA